AUUUAUCCAACGACAUCAUUCUACAUUUACUACACAACCCAUUUUUACCAAUCUAUUCAGUCGUUGACCUAAUACAUAUCAACCCCUCAUCACCGACCAUGUAUACCUCAACCACCUUUCUGAUCGCAGCAAUCUCCUCGCUAGCAUCAGCCCUACCCACAUCAAACAUCGUACCUCGGGCAGGCGGACCGGCUAUCACGCCCAUCCCUUCAACCUGCGCCGUCACAAGCCCCAUGCCAGCGUCGAACGCAUCAUACAUGCCUGCGCCAGCUACCAAAUCCGACAUCCUAUACAGCGCAUACUAUUCCGCCUUCUCCUCCAACACAACCGCAAUGGCCCAACAAUGUCUCGAGCAAUGUUACGGCUACGGGUACCACGUUGAGUGCAAAACGGCAUACUGGGCACAGAACGUCGCUGUGCCCGCGGGAUACUAUGGCACAGCUGGCGGACAACUGGAGACGGCUUGUUUGAUGUUCAACAGAGCGUUGACAAGCGACGACUUUGUAGUUGCACCAGAAGGCCAGGGCACUGAUGCCGUUGCUCGAAAUAUCGUAUGCUGAGCACGUUGCGUAUGUUUAUGGCGUUCAAAACGGACAGAUGAAUUAACGAAAACGGCAUUUUGUGGAUACCGGGGUUAAGGAGGCGGGGGUUAUACGGCGCGGGUUUAAUGAGGGUAAUUCACCGACAUAGCAGAUGACGGGUAGCUUUGUACAGCCUUGUUUCUCUCUGCUCAAAAUAAUUUGCGUCAUGAAUUUGGACGAGACGAUAGAAUAAUACUACACCUAUAAUCUUGAACAAUGUCUUACUUU